UCGUCUUAUGUAAUUAAGGACCCACGAGCUUUCCGAAGCACCUCUACAGUUUGCACAGUGCUCAGCUUCUCCCCUCUCCUCUCUCUCUCUCUCUUCCUCCCCUCUCUGCCCUGCCUCUUUCUCUCUGCCCCCAGCCCCGUGCGCGCCUGUGCGCGCGCCCAUGUUCGUGCGUUCUUUUUCAUUUCUACCAUUAGGAAACCCACUCAGAGUCACUGUGAACUCAGAAGAGGCUCAGCUCUUAUUUCCCACGGAUUUCUGCCUCUCCGGAAACGCUGCCAGCGUAUACAUAUGAGAGUGUCAAGCUGGAGAGACCAGAAAUGAGACACGCAGGAGAAAAGGCAAAGCUGGAAGUCUGGAAGCAGCCUUAGCAGGGGUGUUGGAGCUGGCAUCUGUUAAGCGGUCCCAGUCCCCUCGCUUCAGCACCGGAAGGAAUGGACAGCGCCUCCCAGCUGGGCCGCAGCCUCCCGGACCCAGCUGCUGUCCUCGCAGCCAAGCCACUGUCCUCCACAAGAGCUCUUAGCAGCUAAAAGGCGGUGCCGCCGGUUCCCUUCCUUGAUGGACGAAAACCAGCCCUCCUCAUCCUCUGACACUCAUAGCAACCCGGCUCCACGGAGUUAAAGUCUAGGCAGCAACUUCAAGAAUACGUUUCUAAACGGGGCUGGGGGCGAAAUGCAGGCAGAAGAGUGGAGUCGAAGUUCUUAGAAGCACCAAGGAACCAUGGGAGCUGCAGCAGGAGUUGACAUACUCAAAGGCCAACAGUUUUUUAAAUAAGAACGUCCCCGAGUGGAUUGCGGCUGUUGUGGAGAUAGCUUUGGGAGAGGUUGGAGAUCCUAAACCCCAACGUUAAGAGAAGCUGGGAAGACCUCAGUUCCUCUGCUCAGCAGGUCUGACGUGAACGCAUCUGCGGCUGUAAGAACCAGCGGUCAUCCUGGGUCCCUGCAGCCAAGACCACAUCCUUCACAGUGCCACAGCACAUGGAUUUCAGAACUACCUGUGAGGAGACGAAGACAGGGGUUUGCUUGCUACAAGAUGGUAACCAGGAACCUUUCAAAGUUCGGCUUCACCUCGCCAGAGAUCUGCUGAUGCUACAGGAACAGGAUGUGCUAUGUGUGUCUGGUGAGCCUUUCUAUUCUGGUGAAAGAACGGUGACCAUCAGAAGACAGACAGUAGGAGGAUUUGGAUUAAGCAUAAAGGGAGGUGCAGAACAUAACAUUCCAGUUGUCAUUUCCAAAAUCUCCAAGGAGCAAAGAGCGGAGCUGUCAGGACUGCUUUUCAUUGGCGAUGCAAUUCUCCAGAUAAAUGGAAUUAAUGUGAGGAAAUGCAGACAUGAAGAAGUGGUUCAGGUUCUUCGGAAUGCCGGGGAGGAAGUGACGCUCACAGUGUCAUUUUUAAAAAGAGCACCUGCUUUCCUCAAACUCCCACUGAAUGAAGACUGUGCAUGUGCUCCCAGUGACCAGAGCAGUGGUACCUCCUCUCCUCUUUGUGACAGUGGCUUGCACCUCAACUACCAUCCAAACAACACAGACACGCUUUCCUGCUCCUCGUGGCCCACAUCUCCAGGCCUGCGAUGGGAGAAGCGGUGGUGUGAUCUCAGGCUCAUUCCCCUACUGCACGCCCGCUUCUCCCAGUACGUGCCCGGGACUGACCUGAGCCGGCAGAACGCUUUCCAGGUUGUUGCUGUGGAUGGAGUCUGCAGUGGAAUUCUUCAGUGCCUCUCUGCUGAAGACUGCAUGGAUUGGCUCCAAGCAAUAGCAGCCAACAUUUCAAACCUCACAAAGCACAAUAUCAAAAAAAUCAACAGAAAUUUCCCUGUAAACCAGCAGAUAGUCUACAUGGGAUGGUGUGAAGCCCGGGAGCAGGAAUCCCUCCAAGACAGGGUUUAUACACCUGUGUUUCUUGCCCUGAGGGGCUCCUGUCUCUACAGGUUCCUGUCACCACCAGUGACCACUUGGGACUGGACGCGAGCAGAGAAAACCUUCUCUGUGUGUGAGAUCAUGUGCAAGGUUCUCAAGGACAGUGAUCUGCUGGAUCGACGGAAACAUUGCUUCACUAUGCAGUCUGAGUGUGGGGAGGACCUCUACUUUUCUGUGGAGUUGGAGAGUGACCUUGCCCAAUGGGAACGAGCCUUCCAAACAGCCACCUUCCUGGAAGUGGAGCGGAUACAGUGCAAGACUUAUGCAUGUGUGCUGGAGAGUCACCUAAUGGGACUCACUAUUGACUUCAGCACAGGCUUCAUCUGCUUUGAUGCAGCAACAAAGGCUGUACUUUGGAGGUAUAAAUUUUCUCAACUUAAAGGCUCAUCAGAUGACGGCAAAAGCAAAAUCAAAUUUUUGUUUCAGAAUCCAGAUACUAAGCAGAUUGAAGCAAAGGAGUUGGAAUUUUCAAAUUUAUUUGCUGUUCUUCACUGUAUUCAUUCAUUUUUUGCUGCCAAAGUAGCCUGUUUGGACCCUCUGUUUUUAGGUAAUCAGGCUGCUGCUUCUGCUGCUUCAAGCUCUGCUCCUACAAGCAAAGCAAAACACAUGGCUUGAUGUGCUGAUCUCUGCCUGACAGUCCUCAGGGUCACUUGGAUAGACUAUGCUACCACAAGGUCAACAGUGGCGUCAGACUGCAACUGAAGCAGGAGAAAAGUCAGGAGGCAUCUGCCACUGGUCUUACCCUGGCACACAUCUGCAAAUGACCCUGGACGGGCAGAGCAGCCUAUUCUUUCUCCAUAUAUCUCUAAAACGAGAUGGUUGCCACCAUGUAGGGUGACAAAGAAAUGAUCGGUGUAAAGUAUGUAAAUAGUAUAAAAAUUGUAAGCUACCUAUAAAUAAAAAUAUUAAUUACACGGCUAUUUCUCUAUUUUAGAUUAUUUUGUACGACAAAUGCAUAUUGGGCCACAUUAUGAACCCUAUCAUUGUAUUAUGAGUGUAAAGAAGUUAAAAAAAAUUAAGAGCAAGGCAAGUAGCAUGCAAAAAGCAAACAAGCAACAACAAAAAACCGAACAAAGGACUUCAAAGACAGAAGGGUCUUACUUUUCUCAUGGUACUCCCUGUAUUUCCAUCUCACCAUUCCACAUGAGCACUCCGGUUGUGUUUAUAUGAUUGUAAAUUAUUCUUCAGCAUAAAUAAAGACAAUUACAUUGGCCUGUGAUAACACAGUAAGAAAUUAAACAUUACCUUUUCAGAAACCGUUCCUAAAAUGUGGUUCUAUUAGAAAAUGGUAUUAGA